AUGCAAGCAAGCAGAAAGAAGAGAAAAGUUUUUUGUAGUAAAUAUAUAUCUAAGAUAUUCGAAGACUUUCUUCUUAGAGAAGGUAUAAUACAUCAGCGUUCACUAGCCAAUACUAAAGAGCUAAACGGCUUUCUAGAGCGUAUAAAUCAGACGUUGCUUAUAAGAGUAAGGGCAAUGUUAAUAGAUUCAAGAGCUCCGAAAUACCUUUAG